AUGCCGCAGUCUGCCCUCCUCCUCGGCUCCGGCUUCGUCGCCACGCCCACCGUCGAGUUGCUCGCCAAGGCCGGCGUGCACGUCACCGUCGCCUCCCGCACCCUUACCUCUGCCCAGCGGCUCGCCGGCAGCUUCCCUAACGCCAAGGCCAUCAGUCUUGACGUAAACGACACGCCCGCUCUCGAAGCUGCCGUCGCCCGGCACGACGUCACCAUCUCGCUGAUACCCUAUACCUACCAUGUUGCUGUCGUCAAGGCCGCCAUCAAGGCGAAGAAGCACGUAGUCACGACGUCGUACGUGUCGCCCGCUAUGCAGGCCCUCGACGAGGAGGCCAAGGCUGCCGGCAUCACCGUCAUGAACGAGAUUGGGGUAAGUCGCAGAUGGCUUGUACGAAUUGACCAUCUCUACGCCGUCGACGUUAUCGACCGGGUCCACAAGGAAGGAGGCUCAAUCCGUGCCUUUAGGAGCUUUUGCGGUGGCUUGCCUGCGCCAGAGAGAUACAAGUUUAGCUGGAGUAGCCGUGGGGUGCUGUUGGCGUUGAAGAACAAUGCCAAGUAUUUCGAGAACGGCCAGGAGGUGAACGUGAGAGGUGAGGAUCUCAUGGGGACGGCGAAACCCUACCACACCGGCUUUCUGGGCUUCAACUUCGUCGCGUAUGGAAACCGAGACAGCACCGGUUACCGAGAACGCUACAACAUCCCCGAGGCGCAGACCGUAGUUCGCGGCACCCUUCGAUACGCCGGCUUCCCGGAGUUCGUCAAAGUUCUCGUCGAUAUCGGCUUCCUCAGUGACGAGGAGCAGGACUUCCUGAAAGAGCCAGUCGCUUGGAAGGAAGCGACCAGGAAGAUCAUCGGCGCCAGUUCAUCCAGUGAGAGCGAUCUACUGUCAGCGAUUUCGUCCAAAACCACAUUCGAGAAUGCCGAUGAGAAGAACCAAUUGGUGGCAGGCCUCAAGUGGCUCGGUAUCUUUUCUGAGGCCAAGAUCACGCCGAAAGGGAACCCUCUAGACACGUUAUGUGCUACCCUCGAGCAAAAGAUGGCCUACGAGGAAGGCGAGCGCGACCUAGUAUUCCUCCAACAUCAAUUCGAGAUCAAGAACAGAGACGGCAGCAAGGACACGAUAACCUCUACCCUCUGCGAGUACGGCGCUCCCAUUGGAUCUGGCGGUCCCACAGCAAUGGCGAAGCUAGUGGGCGUACCAUGUGGUGUGGCGGUGAAACAAGUACUCGAUGGUACGAUUUCCGAUAAAGGUGUCCUCGCGCCAGUGAAUACGAAGAUCAACGGGCCGCUGAUGAAGGAACUAAAAGACAGCUACGGAAUCGAAUGCAAGGAAAAGUUAAUCUAG